AAUAUGGCGAAAUUGAAACGCGCGAUUUGGGGUCUUUCUUCUAAUUUUGUUGCUAAUCGAUAUUUUUCACGUUUAUUGACUUCUCAAUGGUACAAUGUAUCUACAAUGUCAUCAUUAAAUAAGGCAUCAAUGGAAGCUGCAGUUGGAGUUGAAAAUGACAUCAUAAUUACAGAAAGCUGUGUUAAACGUUUAAAGGAAAUUACAAAUGACAAUGCUUACUUAAGGGUUACAGUAGAAGGUGGAGGUUGUUCCGGUUUUCAAUAUAAAUUUGACUUGGAUACAAACAUAAAUGAAGAUGAUAAAAUUUUCCAAAAGGAUGGUGCCAAAGUGGUUAUAGAUUCAACAUCUUUAGAAUAUAUUAAGGGAGCAACAAUAGAAUAUCAUACUGAAUUAAUACGUUCUGCAUUUAGGAUAACUAACAAUCCUUUAGCAGAGCAAGGUUGCAGUUGUGGUGCUAGUUUUUCUAUUAAAUUGUAA